UAGGGUUAUUUUGAAAAAAAUUCCUCACACAAUCACCGUCCUACAAAUCCUUCCCUGCCACUCUAAUCCCAUUCUCUUCUUUCUCUCUCUCCUCCCCAUUUUCUCUGGUCGGGCGAUUCAAGACGAAUCCCAGUGUCCGUGCCAACCCUAAGGAAAAGGGGCUUCCAGCUUUAUAUUUACUGGAGCCAUGAAAACCUGCCUUUGUGAAAUAGAUGGCUAUUUAAACAAACUAAAUGGUUGAUCUUGUUGAAGGGGCCCUUCAUUAGCUUGUAUGGGAGCAGUAGCUGUGUUGGAGGCUUAGCUAAACACCGAUCACUUUCUGAUAAAAACCUAGGAGUAACUCAAAGGAGGAAAUUUGGCCAAGCAUCCAAAGGCAAGAGACGGCAAUGGUUUUCGAGUCCGGAGGCAAUGGAGAAUAAUAGCAUCACCAUUUCUCAUUCAUUUGAAGCACACAUCUCUUCCGGCCCCACUUGUGCUAAUGAAAACAUCAAGAUUUCAGAGGAAAAUGGGAACAGUUCUUUGUUUGUCAACCAAGCUGUUGUAGCUUGGAAUGAGAUGAGGAAAGAGUGGAUAGGAGAUCAAUCUAGAAAACCUCGCAGAGCUCCAAGAGAACCAAUUAUAAGCUGGUGUACAACAUAUGAUGAUCUCCUAUCAACCAGUCAGCGUUUUCCGCAACCAAUUCCAUUAUCUGAGAUGGUAGAUUUUUUGGUCGACAUAUGGCAAGAGGAAGGGCUUUACGAUUAGAGCGAGCACCUUCUUAACUACAGUUGUAGCUUCGUGUACUGUUUUGAAAUCGAUUUCAUGUUUAUUUUUCAUACGUGUAGCUUCAGAAGCUCUGAUGUUGUCGAGAAAGUUUGCGUUCGUUUGCGUGGAAAUAGUGUCUCGAAGCUUUUGAUCCUUGUUCUUUGGAAUAUCAUUACAUGAAUGAAAAUACUCUGUUAGAUACUAUCAUCGCAA